GACAUUGAUGACAUACGUCACACGUGAAAAAUUUCAUGGUCAUGGAAUAACUUUCCAACUAUUUUUUUACAAAUCACACGUAUUAAAAUUAUUAAUUUCACUAAAUAUAAACAGAAAAAAGGAAGAACGGAAGCUCACGGUGAUCUCCAUAAUUUCAGUUGCACUGAAUAUGAGCAUAUUACCUUGAAAUAGUCGUGUAAUGUGUUGCCAAGCAGACAAGACAUGGAUUGUGGAGAAAUUAACACAGUUUUGAGCGAGUCUAAACAGGUAAUCCGAGCAUGCUUCCAAAAAUUUCAAUUGGAUGAAGCUUUUCUAUCAUUCAAUGGAGGAAAAGACUGCACUGUACUCUUAGAUCUUUUGAUAGAUGUCCUAGAAGACAUACACAAGUCUAGUGAGAUUAGAAAAAAAUUGAAAAUAGUUUAUAUAAGGACUAAAGGGCCUUUUAGUGAAAUUGAAAGUUUUGUACAUAAAAUUGAGGCGCAUUAUGGUGUUAAAUUAAUGGUAAUGGAAGGGGAAAUGAAGACAACCUUGCAGAGGAUAUUAGAGAAAGAUAAUAAACUGAAAGCAUGUUUCAUGGGAACUAGAAGAUCUGAUCCAUAUAGUGAAGACUUGAAGUUUAUGCAGAAGACAGAUCCGAACUGGCCUCAAAUAGAGAGGGUGUCGCCCCUGCUCAACUGGAGCUACCACCAGAUAUGGGGCUACAUCCUGCAGCGACGGGUGCCUUAUUGCAGCCUCUAUGACAGGGGGUAUACAUCAAUAGGGAGCAUACACAAUACAGCACCAAACCCCGCCCUUGCAUACAAAGAUAUAUACGGAAACAUCUCGUAUCACCCCGCGUGGAAACUCCUCGACCCUACACUUGAACGCGCGGGGCGUGGUUCAAAGAUCGCCCUCAUACGUAACUCUGAUCAAAAUGGUCAUGCAGACCAAAAUGGUCAUGCUGGCCAAAAUGGUCACGCUGGCCAAAAUUGUCGUACUGACCAAAACGUACACGCAGAAAAAAGUUCAAUAGAAAACCAUUUAUGUAGUGAGAAAAACACAGAUUUUGUUUAGCUUACAUUACAUUGAUUGACCAUACUGACCAAAAUGGACCUAAAGUGAAAUAGUAAACCAUUUACAUUGUGAAAGAAAUUUAAAUUUUAUUUAGCUUACAUGAUGUGUGUAUUAUGAUGUCGAAAUUUAUGAGAAUAUUUAACAGUUUACUAUGCAGAAUGUGCUAUGUUUGGAGUUACUCUGCGUGAUCGAUUCAGAAAAGAGGAGAUCCGCAGAAGAACCAAAGUCACCGACAUAGCUCAACGAGUCACGAAGCCGAAGUGGCAAUGGGCGGGGCACAUAGUACGAAGAGACGAUGGACGUUGGGGUCUCAAGGUGUGUGGAAUGACGACCCCCUACCAGGUGGACUGGCGACGUCAAGCGAAUCGCAGGGAUUCGCUGGAUGCAGGCGGCUCGGGAUCGUGAUGUUUGGAAGUCCCUACACAAGGCCUAUGUCCUGAAGUGGACGUCAAUCAGCUGAUAUGAUGAUGAUGAAUAGUAUGCAGAAUUCAAAUAAUAAUUUUAUUUUGUCAUCUUUUUACAAAUUCUUUCAAAUCUGUGUGCUAGUGCGUUUAUACGGAGUGUUUAUUUUGUUGUAUGUACAUGAAAGAAAAGAAAGAUGGAACACAGAAAGUAAGAAAGAAAAAAUCAUGUUUUUAUGCUAAUAUUUUACUAAUUUUUUAGAAAUAUCUUCAGUCCGUUUAUACGGAGUGUUUAUUUUGUUGUAUGUACAUGAAAGAAAAGAAAGAUGGAACACAGAAAGUAAGAAAGAAAAAAUCAUGUUUUUAUGUUAAUAUUUUACUAAUUUUUUAGAAAUAUCUUCAGAAAUGUUCUGUUCUGUUGAUUUCAUUUCUAUCAGGUAGGUAUACGUUGCUGCAAGCUCAAUGAUAUUAACUUUUUUCUCUUGAUUUUUAUUUUAUUUAAUGCAAAUAAUACUAAUUUUUUAAUACAUUACUUCUAUGUACUUUUAAUAGCUACUUAAAUAGUUAAUAUUGUCUUAUUAUAAUAAGUACUUAGUGCUCGACUAAUAAUCACACACAACUAAAAAAUACUUGUGACUCCUUUGGUACGAGGUAUUUUAUUUUUCUGGUCAGCCAAUAUUAUCAUUAUUGAUCGGAAUGUUCGUAUGAUUGUCAGUUUGUGUUUGAAUUUUUGUUACACACAUAACUGGAAUAGAAAAUGUAAACGCGUAUUUUUUCUCCACUUCUUUUGUAAUUUAUUGUAUAAAGUAUUUAUUAAAUUCAUGAUAGGGGUUCUUUAUGUUUAUGAUACGAUUUUUUUAAGUUCAUGAUAUGAAGAAAAUUUAACUUACAUACGUUACAAUGGUCUCUUUAUAAGGAUGCAUCGCAUAAAACGGAUUUUAGUAUUCGUUUUAUAGGUUACGGUGGUCAUAACAUCCCUGGACCACGUUAUACAUAUAGUAGUAAUAGUAGCAACAACUAAAUUAACGUUAUCUACUAAAACUUAACAACAUACUUACUGCUUACCUUUAAAUAUUGGGUAAUGGGUGUGAAAUAAAUAAUAAUUGUGUACAUUUAUUUUAGAUUCUUUUUUCUAUUUAAAGGUUCCCUUUACUCGGAAAAAAAAGAAUAUAAAAUAAAACUGAAAGGUCAUUUUCAAAUUCUUCAAACUUGUAUAUUUGUAUUUUAUUUUAAGCACUUGGGUGUAAUGGAUUAUUUUAAGGCCAAUAUCUAUAUAUGUUAUGUUUCGUCCUUAUUUAUAUUAGAUUUACUAUAUUCCAAAAACAUAACUCUAAGCAUGCAUACAAAUCUUUUUUUAUUUCGCAGUUUUGAACGCCGAUGAAAUAAUUUGGUUACCAUACAAAUAAAUGUUACUAGUAUUUAGCAAACGUUUUCCACAACCUAUCUGUAAUCCAUUGAUAAGUUUCUAACCAACAUUGUUGUUAGGUCUGAUAUGUUAAAUAUGUUCGAUGUGUGAGUACCUCGUCAUUCCCCUCCAACUAGUCGGGAAAGACUGUAUUAGGAGUGGGUACGACAAUAGACCAACGGGAGGGGUAUCCAACCACCACCCCUCCGUGAUGAAUUCAACCGCUCUUACAGUUAAGCUAUUGAGGCUCCAUAUUCCAAUUCAUCCAUAUUAUAUGCAAUUGGCUACCGUAAGCACAUUUAUAGUACAGCAUGGGCUGGAAACCUUAUAGCCUUCAUUAUACAGGAAGAAAUUUUUUUUAGUGCGGAUAUUUUUAUAUUUUGUACAUAAACAAAAUUUAAUGAUCACGUAUUUUUUCUUUUUUUUUUUAACUCAAAAAUAACAAAAUUAUCGUUAGCUAAAGUUAUUUACUUUUGAACAGAAUUUUAGGGUCACCCUAUUGUGCGUUUAUUUUAUUUUCGUUUGAUACCUAAAGGACGUCACCAGAUCACUUUUAAGCUGAAUAUAUCUUGUUUAGUAAUAAUAUGUACAUUAUUUUGUUAUUUUAGAGACAUAAAUUUAAAAAAAAAAUUACAUAAAAUGUAUCGAACUGUUUGUAGAUUUAUAUUCUAUUAAUGAUACAGAACCACGAAAAAAAAUAUCCGCACUAAAGACCGAAUCACCCUGUAUUUGUGUACUAGCAGACGCCGCGCGGCUUCACUCGCGUAGUUCUCGUUCCCGUAGGUAUACGGGGAUAAAAUAUUGCCCAAAGCACCGGGGAUAGUGUAGCUUCCCAACAGUGAAUUUUUUUUUUAAUUUAUUUAGUAGUUUCGGAGCCUAGUCAAUGUAAACAAACAAACAAUCAAAUCUAUCCUCUUUAUAAUAUUAGUAUUAAAAUGAGGGUGUCACAUCACAGGCUCUAAGUCCAUUAGAUAAAUAGUAAUAUUUCAAUAAUUUUGUUAAUUUUAGUUGUUCGCGACAUCUGGAAAACAGUGUUAACCGCGAAUAAAAAAAAGGUAGCGCAUUUGACUCAUCAUGACGUCUAAAUAAAUGUACAUGACGAGUGGAAUGAACUACUAUCUUUUUUAUAUUCGCGGUAUGAGUUUAAAUUACGCGUUUUAAAUUCGAAUUACUUUGCAAGAAAAACGACUUUUGCUUGCUGGUUUCUGAGCAAACAGAAACGUCUCUAACAACUAUAUUUUUAAACAUGGACUAAGAUUUAAACCUCGCAUUUUUUUCAGAGUAAAGUGGACCGCAUUACUGCUAUUUAAAGUUCACUUUACUUUAAAGAAUUUGAGGUUUAAAUCUUUAUGAAUAUGGGGCAAGAGUUCAAGAAUGAUGAAAAAUGGUUUGCCAUACAAUUUGCUGGCAGGUUACAUACAGAUGGGUUUUGGAAAACGGUUGUAAAUGAAUACUAGUUACUUUUAGCAUAUGGUUGUGAAACGAUCAAGCGGCGCCUAGCUUCAUAAGUCAUUUUCAAUCAUUAUUUAAUAUGUAAGCCGUGAUAGCCCUGAGGGUGUGGGUUCGAAUCCGAUCCGGUCAUGCACUUCCAACUUUUCAGUUGUGUGCAUUUUAAGAAAUUAAAUAUCACGUGUUUCAAACGGUGAAUGAAAACAUCGUGAGGAAACCUGCAUACCUGAGAAAUUUUUUAAUUCUCUUUAUGUGUGAAGUCUGCCAAUCCGCAUUGGGCCAGCGUGGUGGAUAAUUGGCCUAACCUCACUCAUUCUGAGAGGAGACCCGGGCUCAGAAGUGAGCCGAAUAUGGGUUGAUAAUGAAUGAUGAUGGUUUAAUAUGUUGAUAUACUUACUCGUACAGGUAUCAUGAUACCACAUUAGUUAUAAUAAAUAUACACGCGGCAAAGGGAUAUUAAGUUUUAAAUUAAAUAGUUGUUUUGAAUCUUAAAUUACACGUUAACUAUAAUAAUAAUCAUAAAAUGUUUAUUAAUUUAAUUAUUAAAAUUACAAUUUGACCUAUCUCUGUGAUUUUAAAUUAAAUUAUUCUUGCACCAA